AUGGGUUUCUACCGCUUCCUCCUUUUGCAUAGUGCUGCAAUGCUGAUGUGUGCCUAUAGUUCAUCAGGUAUAUCCAAUGGGACAAAGGCAGCGGAGACCGACUACCCAGUUCAAUCCCGCUCUUUUGUUGAAGAUAAGAACGGCGCUCGUGUUCAUCCGCUACCGAUAGCUCGCGAUGCAUCAGCUGGUGAAGAGAGAGCUUUUACCGGGCCGACUGCGCUGAUCGAAAAUGCCUUGCGCAGUCUUCUUCUCAAGACGAUGGGCGUCAAGAAUCGUUUCAUGGAGACUAUCGCCUCGUUCAUGUCAAGGUUGCAUUUCAAGUACUGGGAACGAAAGGGACACACACCUUCCGAUCUCGCUAGGUCGAUGAAGCUUUUUGAAGGCGAAAAUCUUUUUGCCGGUCAGAAACUCAAGCUGCUGGAACGGUACAUCGAUUUCUUUUGUCAUCAAAGAAAUACCGAGAUAAAGCUGGUGGACGUGUUGGUGCAAGGCUUCGGUGGCGAGGCCAAGUUCGCACCAUUUUUGUAUGCUUUUGCAAGCCGAAAUCCUGGCAAUGCGAAAGCAGACGAGUUGCUGGACGUGUUGUUUGCCAAGUGGCAGGGUGGGAAGGAGAGAUUUGAAGACGUGUUCGCAAGGCUGAAGAUCAAAGAGGCGGGGUUCGAACAUUUGUCGUACAAGCAAAUAAUGCGUUUGCAUCACUAUCGGGAGCAAUACAUCCUUGAUACACGCGCAAAAGAUGUGAAGACCUUGGGUAGUUUACUGGGCACGGAGUUUGAUAGCGAAGGUAAACUUGCCGUGCGUGCUGUCGACAAAUUGGAGGAUGACGACACUAAAGUGACAGGAAAGCAGAUACUACUCGAGCUGUUUGGGGAGUGGAAGUCAAAGUUGAUGACCAAGCCUGAAGUUCGCAGCAAGAUGUUUUCUGGAAUGGAGGACGUGCCAGAGGAACUAAUAGAGCGGAUCUUGCGUGAUUACAAAACUUUCUCCAGCGAUAAAUGGGUGGCUAAGUGA